GCAGGCCGGGUCAAUAUCAAUAGGGCAGAGGGUCAGGCAGAGGGAUGGUCAGGGUCACAAGCCAGGGAUCAGAACAGGUAGCAAGCAGCGUGGUACAGAGGGUCAGGCAGAGAGAUGGACUCCGGGCAGAGGCACACCGGGCUGGACUCCGGGCAGAGGCACACCGGGCUGGACUCCGGGCAGAGGCACACCGGGCUGGACUCCGGGCAGAGGCACAUCGGGCUGGACUCCGGGCAGAGGCACAUCGGGCUGGACUCCGGGCAGAGGCACAUCGGGCUGGACUCCAGGCAGAGGCACAUCGGGCAGGACUCCGGGCAGAGGCACAUCGGGCAGGACUCCGGGCAGAGGCACAUCGGGCUACCAGGCGAAGCGGCAGGCAGCAAGCCACCAGGCGGAGCGGCAGGCACCGGGCCCCCGGG